AUGUCGACAUUAGAAGCAUUUCCAGCAGUGAACCCGCUUAAUUUUACUUUAAUUGAAAAGAAACAUACGAUAUGCACAGCAGGAUCUCGUGUGCAAUGGCGAGUAUUCGGUUCCGGCGGAUCGGAACCAAAAAAAAUUGUCCCCGAAAAAAGGUCUUUCAUAAUGCAGUGCAUCGAACGAAACUUCACAAAUAAAACUUCUGACGAAGCCCAACCCGCAGAAGCUGCAAAACGGCCUCAUGGUGACGACGAUCCUUCAAAUGUCGCUUCCAAGAAACCAUGCCCGCCCACUGAAUCCUAA